ACCCGUGUGUGACGACUGACGUACUCCCACGUACUCCGUACAGUCCGUACACACAUACGUGCAUACGCAUACUCGAUCGUUCGCGAUAGGGUUUGAAUCAGCGAGAGAGUGUGUCGACUGUCGCGUGCCGCGCCGAAGCUCGCGAACGAACGACGGACGACGACGGCGAUCAUCAUCAUCAUCGGCGCCGUUGUUUCCCCGAUGCGUGCGACGACGCGCGCGUGCUGAGGACGUCCGCGUCGUUCGACGACAACGCGUGUGCGGGUAACCCCGCGACUUUCAUGCCCAGGUGACCCCCGCGCGGCCACGGACUUUCUCCAACCUGGUUGCGGCGACGGCGACGGUGCGCGCGAUCAGCCGACCCCCACGGGAAGCGAACAGGCGCGAUUCGCCACGUCGUCCCCGUCCACGUCGCCGUCGGCGACGACGUCGUGAGAGGAGGCUCUCCGCCGUAGCGCAGUUAAGCUCUUGGAGACGGAAUGGGUAGCAGCGGCCAGCUCUACAGUCUGUCCUGGGGAGAGUUCAGUUCCUCUCUGGCCUCCGCGGUGCAGGUGUUGAGGGGAGACGGCGAUCUGGUGGACGUUACCCUGGCCGCCGGCGGACGCAGCUUUCGCGCGCACAAGAUUGUUCUCUGCGCGGCCAGUCCGUUCCUGUUGGACCUGUUAAAGAGUACGCCAUGCCAGCAUCCGGUGGUUAUGCUAGCGGGAAUCGGAGCGGAUGAUCUGGAGUCUUUGCUGGAAUUUGUUUACCGUGGAGAAGUGAGCGUUGAGCCGGCGCAGUUGCCUUCUUUGCUUCAGGCUGCCCAUUGUCUGUGCAUUCACGGAUUGACAAAGCCAACUGUACUGACGGAGAGCGGAGAAGAAGUUCCUGCGUCUGCGAUACCAACGGCGACGAACGAUGGAGUGUCGAGAGCGACGGGCAACUCGUAUUAUCCGCUGAAACGCAGGAAAAAGAGGAGGAAGUCGUCGACGUCCUCCGCAAAGUGGCAAUGUACUAGUAAUACUACCGACAGCGAAAGCAGGCCUCUGGACGACAACAACAGAACAAUGCCUUACGAAAAUAAGGACGACGACACCAUGGAAACCGAUGACACAGCGGGCAACUGCCUGGUCGGAAACUACGCGAACAACCAUCAGGGCGGCAGUCAUUCACCGCUUCAAGACUCGUCCGUCGCGGACGAUCAUCAGGCGGCGCAUCAGGAACAGGUUUCGGACGGCGAAUCGCAUCUGCAUACGCUAAUGCCGAUGCAGUUGCACAUACCGCAGUUCCACAGCUCCCUCAACAUGGGCUUUCCGUCCGGUCUGGCGUCGUUAUCCGGCUUAGCGGGCACCCAGACGGCGUCGAGCGGUGGCGCGAAUCAGUCGAAGGCGCGCGGCGCCUCCGACUGCCCGGGCGUUUGCCCGCUUUGUGGCGCGACCCUGCGCCAGGCGAGAAAUCUGCGCAGGCAUCUGUUAUCCUCGUGCAAGUACCGGUUCAACAACUCGGCGGCGACUACGAUGGCGAUGGCGGCAGCGCAGAAUUCCGACUCGACGGAGAUCAAAACCGAGAUCAAGACCGAGAUCGAAGCGCCGGGCUACGAUCAGUCAUCGAUGACGUAUGGGACCGACAGCGGAAGUAACGACUGCGAACAGAUAGUCUGCAAUCCUACCCUACCCUCACCGACGUCGCACGAGAGCGUGGUAUCGUCGCCGAGCAGUAUCCCGUCGCCGACGAUCGCCAGAUAAAUUUCUAGAUUCGAACUCGUUCUAGGAGACGGAUCGUCGAAGGCACGCAGUCUGUCCGAUCAGCCGGUGUCGUGUCCGCUGUGCGGCGCGAUUCUGCGCCAAUCGAGAAAUCUCAGGAGGCACUUGGAGCUUCUGCACUUCGGUCUGGGCAACAGCGGCAAGUCCGGCAUACACGCGAGGCAUCGGCGCGUGGCAGCGGCGGCGGCGGCGGUUGCGGCGGCGGACAGAGUCAACGACUUCGGCCUGUCGUCUCUGGCGUGCGUUCGUCCCACCGUCAGGCUGGACUCGCACCUCGCCGCGAGGUCCUCCGAAGCCUCGGACUUUUCCAUGAUGACACCCUUGUCGAUCGCCUCGUCCGUCAGUUCCGCUUCGAGCGUCAGUCUUCCAGGGAAUCUGAUGGGUACGAGCUCAAGUCUAUUGGGUUCCGGCGAUCAAAACGGACAUCCGCUGUCGGGAUCCACUCCGGCCACGUGCAGCACCGCAUCUAUGGUACCUCCGACCAACGGGAUCUACUCCUCGGACGGCGGUCCCAGUAUGCUGAGCUGCCUGCUACCAUCGUUGCCCACUUUACCGUCCUUUUCCGCGUCUCAUGAUGUGUUUCGACACGGCGAGAUGUUGCGCGCGGGGAUCGCCUACCACGAUUCCUCCCGACAGCACGUCAGACACAUGCAGCGCACGGACGUCACCUAAUUUCGUAAACUCCGCGGAAAAAGCGAAACCAAGGACGACAGUAUCAACGGAACACUGAAUAGACUCCACUAAGUGUAGACUUAGCUUUAUCAAAGUAUGAAUAUUUAACGCGAUGUGGUAAUGGACGGGUAUUAAAAAUGGCAUUAAAAAUGUCGCUGAAACGCGGCGAGAUAGCGGAUAAAAUAGUUCGACGAGUGUAACGAUGAUUAGCAACGAUGUGUUGUAUUAGGAAUUUUUUUACUCGGUGCUAUGUACACGAAUUCAAAUAUGUACGAUCUAUAAAUAAUAAAUUGUUUAGUAAUUAAUAAAUAUAA